AUGGAUACAAAUGUCAUACAAAUGACUGUAAUUUUAAAGGAGAUGGCCUGUGUAGAUGGCUGGUUUGGCUAUGACUGUGCUAGCCAAUGUAGCAGGAACUGCUACAACAGCACCGUUUGUGACAAGGAAACCGGAAAUUGUCCCAGAGGAUGCACUGUGGGAUAUGUUCCUCCUGUUUGCCUUCAUUAUGCCUUCAAUAUCAAGGAUGAGAAAAGUUCCUUACAUAGGAUCUCCUUGGGAGCUGGGAUUGCUAUGGGAAUUGGAAUAAGUUUUCUGAUUUUUGUCCUCAUUUUCAUAUUGAAGGGACUAAUAAGAAAACACAGCACUGAUGAACCAUACAAAACUGAUGACGAUAAUGAAGACAAAAAUAUCACUAAAUUUUCUACAGGUAUUCCUAAGGAAGGUAACUGUAGCAGGAACUAUGCUCAGUAUCAAAAUAACAGUUAUGUUGAUCUGGUAGAUGAUCCAAAUGGAAUUGUGUACGAAGUAAUCGCACAGUAGUCAAAAAACCAUCAUGAAGUUUGUGUGUCAAUCCUUAUGUGUUUGUGUGUAUCAAAUGUUGCAUAUCAUAUUCCUGAGAAACAGUAAGAAUGUUUAAUGAUCGAAUUAUUUGAAAAUAUAUAAGUUUUUUCUGACACGCAAAAAUAAUUUGAAUACUGUAUUUUUUAUCUU